CUAAAGAGUGAUUUCUUAGAAUUCAGUGCAACUCGAAACAUAUAUUAUAAAAGAUAUUUUCGCAGUGAAAUUCGGGAAAGCUUUUUUUUUUUUUAUGUCUGAUAUAAAAAUGUGUACACCGAAAAUUGAAUAUCAGUUAAACGCAAAAGGUUCCAAGAAAUUUUACCGAAAGACAGAAAAACGGCCAAAAAGAGGCAAAAAUUAUUGACGCAUUGAGAUACCAAUUUCCGAGAAGCGCAUUUCUAAUUUAGACCGAAUUCUCAGAAGUGACAGACAAGACAACAACGGCUGAAACAGCCAGAGGCAAAAACAAAUUAUACAUCGUUGUGUGGGGACGGCAAGACAUCAUGGCAAAAGCGUCAGAAACACAAACAACAAUACAGUACGAAAAACACAACUAAAAUUGCUGUGCCAGAUUCAAUAUAGAAAUUAACAAAUUGUGUAAAUAUAUUCCGAUGGGGCACCGUUCCAGCAAACUAUCUGCUGGCUUCACCAACGGUAACACUAGCCUCAACAAAAGUUCAGCUACAGACACAACGUCAUCGGCUAAAUUGUCCAAGCAUUCAACUCGCCGUCAUUCGUCACGUUUUCCAAAGUCGCGUUCAGUAAAUAGCGACUGUAAUAAGAAUUAUCGCAAUUCAAUUGCAUCACUCACCAGCAAUAGCACUAACGUCGCCACUGUGUACGGAGGCAACAAGUUCUUGCCCAUUUUGCGAUUGGACAGUGGCGAUUCAGUAACCGAAGACAGCGGUCUAACAUCAGUGUCCAACAACACACCAGGACAGAUUAUUAUAAAGAUACGCUUCAAAACGCAUUCGCAGUGUGAGAUGGAUAAUGCACAACAGAGUACACUGCCGUCAACAUCCCACACGUCCACCCAAACUGAGGCAAGGAUCGAGAAUUAUCGGCGCUUAGUGGAUACGAAUUCGAAUAAGGUGCUGCACAUAGAUGCUGAAAAAGUGGAAAUCACUAGAAGUUCGGACAACUCAUCGUUAAAUAAUAAUAAUAAUAGUAGAGCAUCACUUCCGGUUCAUUUAAAUCCGCUACGCAUUACUGAACCGCUGCCGGAACAAAGCGCAGACGGUGGUGUUGAUCCCGUGGAGUACUACGAGGUUACCGAAGAGGCUUCUGCUGCCUCCAUACGCAACCGGCCGGAUAGUAGCCGGCGUCAGAGAGCUAAGUCGGCUUUUAUGAAUUUUAGAAGCAUGUUGGAAUCGUCCAGCUGCAGCAUCAGUAAAUCGCAUUCGAAUAAAAUAUCGAAUGGCAAUAACAACAAUAAUAAUAAUAACAGCAGCACUAAUCAUUCCCACAGUAUUCCACAAUCGCUUCCAGUAUUGUCAGUUGCACCAACGCGUCAGCAGCAAAUACGGCCGUUUGAUGGUGAGACAACAGGAUUGUCGAAUGCUAGUGCUUCCAGCAUUUACCAUAGCACACCUAUUUGUAAUCCCACUCCUGCAUCAGCUUCCGAUGCAAUUACAUCCACUCCACUAUCAAUUACUACCUCAACAGCAACACUUCCACCACAGACCUCAGCAACCAAUCAGCUGGCCAUAUGGACAUCCAACAAAGAUGUCAUCAUUUCCUCCAUAAACUUGGUGGUAUGCCCAUCAACAGCGGGCGGCGUCACAUUGGAGCGUCUGACGGCAACAGAACUCGUUGCUGGGAAUAAUGACGGUGGUGGCUCUAUUGUAAACUGCAGUGCUGAUCAAUUAAGCCAGGAAGAACGCGAGAACUUGAAUAGCACAGCGCACACUUCGUUGACGAAGAGUAGUAUACAUGUCGCACCUAGAGCGCUGUGUCCCAUUGUGCACUCGCAAGUGGAUUUUGUGCACUAUCUCGUACCUGAUUUAGAGCGUAUUUUCAACUCAAGCUUUUACUGGGGCAAAAUGGAUCGCUAUGAGGCUGAGCGUCUACUGGAGGGCAAGCCCGAAGGAACAUUCUUAUUGCGUGAUUCGGCACAGGAGGAGUACUUGUUCUCGGUGACAUUCCGCAAAUACGGACGAUCGCUGCAUGCGCGUAUUGAACAGAGUGGCCACAAGUUUAGCUUCGAUUGCCACGAUCCAGCCGUUUUCAGCACUUCCACAGUGACCGGUUUGUUGGAACAUUAUAAGGAUCCCGGCAGCGUCAUGUUCUUUGAACCAAUGCUGACUGUACCAUUCCAUCGCGGAACAGUCUUCUCCUUACAGCAAUUAGCGCGUGCCGCCAUUGUAUCACACAACACCUAUGAUGGCAUAGCUAAACUAGAGCUGCCGGCGCGCCUAAAAGCAUACCUUAAAGAAUAUCACUACAAACAGAAGUUGCGUGUGAAGUUACUCGAUGAGACACUACUUACAUGCACCUAGUGUCCGCUAAAUG